AUGGUUUAUUUUCUAGGGAUGGAGAUUAUGUACUAUGAGAAAGGCAUAAUUUUACACCAGCUGAAAUAUGAACUUGAGAUUUUGAUGAAAUUUGAACUGCUGAAUUGUAAAGUUGUUGUCACACCUACUGAUACAAAUCAGAAAUUGGAUUCUAAUUCUGAUGGUGAUGAUGUUGAUGCUACAACCUUCAAGCAGUUGGUAGAUUCUUUGAGGUAUUUGUGUAAUAUCAAACCUGAUAUUUGCUAUGUAGUAGGAAUGGUGAGUAGAUUUAUGAGUAAACCAAAGUGGUCUCAUUACCAAGUUGCUGUCAAAAUUCUGAGGUAUAUAAAAGGAACUCUUAAGUAUGGAGUUUUGUUCCCUUUUGGUCUUGAAACUGACUCAGAACUUAUGAGUUACUCAGAUUCUAAUUGGUGCGGAGACAUAGUUGAUAGAAAAAGUACUUUUUGGUGUUGUGACUGCAUGUCAAGCUCUGUGGCUUCUGAAUUUACUGCAAGAUCUGAAGAUCAAAGUAAACAGGCCUAUGAAGUUGAUGAUUGA